AUCUGCUUACUGUAAAAUGCCCCUGGCGCAUACGGUGUCGCUCGCUGCAUUUUCUGGAAGUUAAUGGAUUUAAUUUCUCCAAUUUGUAAAAGCAAUCGACGUUCUAGGGUAUUCUAAAAAUCGAAAUCGUUUCGCCAGCUUUGUCGGGGCAAACAAGCGCAUAUUACGAGAGCCGAAAUGAUUGUUCUGGAUGAAAUUCAGUUACCUGAGCUGGUUAAGGCAGUCCAAGACGAUUUCCCCCGUUCGCUCAUGAUUUUCCACCUUGCGCGAAAUGUGAUUCGCAACCGGUAUUCCUGGCCGGGCCUGGAGUUCGUGGUUGAUAGUUUCCCGGAUAUUUCCGUCUGUGUUUGCCGGCCAGCCAUAAACGGGCAGAAUUAUAUUCCAAUACUCAACGGGUAUUCCGUGUUCACUUACUCAAAAAAUGCCGAAAUGUUUCGUAAAAUGAUUUUCCAAGAGACGGUAGUGGACUGGACCCAAGAAAUAAUGUUUAUCGGGAUCAGUGAAUUGGAAAGCAAAAUACUGCUUGAGUAUGGGAACAAAGCGUGUAUUGGAAAAUUUAAAUAUUAUGGUUUAGUGGACGGUUUUCCUCCCGGAGCACUUUAUUACAACUUAGAUCAUCUUAAUACGUUCUCGUAUACGCUGCCCGUUGGAUUCCAACUGGGGACUCUAACAGAACAGCAUCUGGAGCAGUUAACUAGCGAAAGGAAUUACGGUAACACGGAGAACACCAGGAAGUUCUUCCGGCAACUGCUUAAGCACAACCACCCUAGUGUAGCCUUGUUUAACGAGAACAACAUUCCCAUUUCUUACGUGCUGUACAAAACCGAAGGCUGCAUUGGAGGAGCCUAUACAAACCCAGAAUACCGUGGACAAGGUUUUUUCAAAAUCGUAACAUUUGAACUGCUGAAAAAGCUUAAAGAAGACGGUGAAGUUUUUAUAUUUGGCGAUACAUGGAUUUCCAAUAUUCCCUCGCAAAAUGCCCAAAUCGCCGUGGGUGGAAAGAAAUAUGAGGAUUAUGUUGCAUACUGGAUAAGUUAUACACCGUCGACUAAUAAUUCUGAGAUUACUUAUCAAUCUUUCUAGUGUUUUUUUUUAUUUUUAGUGCUGUGUAUGUAGAAAAGGUUAUCGAUACUGGCGAUAAGUGUGGUCAGCUUUCGAUGAAUUUAUUACUCAUUAAAUUUUACGAGUAUCAAUGUCUCUUUAUUCAUGUUUACAUCGCGACAUAACAGUCAUGACUC